AUGAUUUCACCUGAAUCAUCAUUUCAGAAGGCUAUAUUUGCAUGCGGAUGUUUCUGGGGUGUUCAACAUCUCUUUGAGAACCUUUCUGGUGUAAAGAACACAGUUUGCGGUUACACCGGAGGCUCAAAAGAAAAUCCGACAUAUAAAGAAGUUUGCUCACACAAAACUGGACAUGCAGAAGGCGUUUUAGUAGAAUAUGAUCCAAAAGUAGUAUCUUAUGAAGAUCUUUGCAAGUUCUUUUUCGAGAUUCAUAACCCAGGACAAACAGAUGGCCAAGGACCAGAUAUUGGACCACAAUACAGAAGUGAAAUCUUUUACUUUAAUGAUGAUCAGAAAGAUAUUGCUCACCAUGUAAUAGAACUCCUUAAAUCAAAAGGUCAUGAAGUUCAUACUAAAGUAACACCGGCUUCUACAUUCUGGAAUGCCGAAGAUUACCAUCAGUUUUACUAUGACAAGACAGGAAAGACUCCUUAUUGUCAUCGCCGUGUUAAGAAAUUUUAA